AUGGCCCUGGAUGGGAUGGACGCGCUCAACUCCUCCAAGGACCGCCACGACGACCGUGACAGUCACAGCCGUGCCAGUGGCACCCGCGCUGCCCGCGCGACUAAGAGCAGCGAGAAUGAAGGCGAGAGCCAAUCGACCUCAGUGGAGAGGAAGGACGAAGCCAAAUCUCGGCAUUGUCGGAGCUUGUCCAUGGACAACUUCAUGGGUAAGCUCACCUAUGCCACAUGUGACGAUUCACCAAAGCUACCAUUGCCGUCCCCCUGCGGCGACCUUUCUAUCACUAGUGUAGAAUCGGGCUUUAGUCCCGAUUCGUAA